CACUGUUAUAAACCCACAAGGAAUAAGAGACCUAACCUAUUCAAGAAAUAUAAUUAAUAUAGUGUUUGAAUGUCUCUAAUAUUUAUUUUCAUAAAUUAGUUUAUAAAUAAAAAGUCUCUAUGACUGAUGCAUUCCAAAAGGUGACGGGCUUCUGCUCGGAUUGCGGGUCUAUUUUACCACCCUUAAAAAGUACUGGGGGAGUCAGUUGUUACACUUGCUCAAAAAAUUUUGAACCGCAAAUGCUUGUGGACAAAAACUCAGAGGUGCACUACACAAUACAUUUUAAUGUGAGAUCUGUGCCAACCAAAAACUCUAACGAGCAAAAAGAAGAUGAAGACGAGGGACCUGUGGUAGAACGAAAAUGCCCCAAGUGUGGAAAUGAAAAAAUGUCUUAUGCUACAUUACAGUUAAGGUCUGCCGAUGAAGGCCAAACUGUGUUUUAUACUUGUACCAAGUGUAAAUUUAAAGAAAGUGAAAACUCAUAAUUUCUAAUAAUCUACUUUUAUUAAUUAAAAACAAAAUAAAUUAUACCAUGUUCUACUAUAUACAA